AUGUGGUGGGCUAAUUUGGAUAGGAUUCCGACGAAGCUUGCUCUUAUUCGGCGGAACAUCAAUGUUGGUGAAGGUUUGUGUACUUUUUGUGGCGAGGUUAUAGAAACUACGGAACACAUUUUUACGGCGUGCCAGUUGGCUAAUGGUGUAUGGAAUGGUAUUGCGUCUUGGGUUAGAAUUCCCCCGGUGUUUGUUUUUUCUGUUAAAGAUAUUUUGGAACUGGUGGAGCAUCUGAAGGUUUCGACUUCGAAGGCGGAGGUUCUUUUUGGUAUUUUCGUUUUAACUAUUUGGAGGAUUUGGGUAGCUAGGAAUGAAGCUUUAUUUUCUCAGAAGAAUGUUAAUGAGAAGAAUGUUAAUGUGGCGAGGAUAGUGGCGGAUAUUAAAUCUUUUGGGUUUCUUUGGUUUAAUAGUAGAUCGAAGAAGGGUGGGUUGGUUUGGAAAAAUUGGUGUAAUUUUAAUAUUACUUGA